AUGAUAAAAAACACCACAGAACGCAGCUUCUCAGCUUUCUUCCUGGUGGGGAUUCCUGGCCUAGAGGCCUUUCACUACUGGCUGAGUAUUCCCGUGUUCCUCCUGUAUACUAUGACUCUACUGGGGAAUGCCCUCAUCAUCCUCACUGUCAAGCUGGAGCCUACUCUUCAUCACCCUAUGUUUUACUUUCUCUGUAUGCUGGGUCUCAAUGAUGUGGCCAUUGCUUCUGCCACAGCCCCCAAGAUGCUCAGCAUCUUUUGGCUGGAUGCUCACCUUAUUGCAUUUGAUGAGUGCCUGGCACAGAUGUACUUUAUCCAUACUUUCUGCAUCAUCGAGUCUGCCUUAUUGGUCUCCAUGGCCUUUGACCGAUAUGUGGCAAUCUGCUAUCCACUACACUAUACCACUAUUCUGACCAACCCUUUGGUCAUCAGGAUGGGAUUGGCUGGGGCUGCCAGGGCCAUUAUCAUGGUCCUUCCUUGUCCACUUCUCAUAUUAAGACUACCCUACUGUACCAAGUACAUCAUUAAACAUGCCUAUUGUGAGCACAUGGCCAUAGUUAAAUUGGCAUGUGCCAACACCCUCAUCAACCGAGCAUAUGGCAUCUGUGUUGCACUUUCUGUCAUGAUACUAGACCUAUCACUUAUAACCAUAUCCUACAUCAAAAUCCUCCAGGCAGUCUUCAGGUUAUCCUCUAAGGAUGCCCGCUCCAAAGCCCUGGGCACAUGUGCUGCACACGUUUCCACAAUUUUGGUCUCCUAUAUACCUGCCCUUUUUAGUUUCCUCACACAUCGUAUUGGCAAGAAAGUGCCUCCAUCCAUUCACAUCAUCAUUGCCAGCAUUUACCUUCUGGUACCUCCUGCAGUAAAUCCCUUAAUCUAUGGUGUGAAAACAAAACAGAUCCGUGAUCGAGUAAUGGAACUCUUCUGCCCAAACCCAAAGUAUGGGAAACACUAG